GUGAUUGGUCAGAAAAGGGGGCGUAGUGCGAGGGGGUGUUCCCCGGCCUAGCCGCGGUGCCCAGUUCAGCCUUCCUAGUCAUCUAUGGCUGGUGGCUGUCUCCGGGUGCAGCCCUCUGGGAGCAGUCUGCAGGCUGUGUGUGUGUGAACAAUAUGGAGGCUGACCUGUCUGGCUUUAACAUUGAUGCGCCCCGCUGGGAUCAGUGCACGUUCCUGGGGCGUGUGAAGCACUUUUUUAACAUCACGGAUCCUCGCACUGUCUUUGCGUCAGAGCAGGAGCUGGACUGGGCGAAAGUGAUGGUGGAGAAGAGCAGGAUGGGACUUGUGCCCCCUGGCACUCAGGUGGAGCAGCUGCUGUAUGCUAAGAAGCUGUAUGACUCGGCUUUCCACCCUGACACUGGGGAGAAGAUGAACGUCAUUGGGCGGAUGUCCUUCCAGGUCCCCGGGGGCAUGAUCAUCACGGGCUUCAUGCUCCAGUUCUACAGGACCAUACCUGCGGUGAUCUUCUGGCAGUGGGUGAACCAGUCCUUCAAUGCCUUAGUCAACUACACCAACAGGAACGCAGCUUCCCCCACGUCAGUCAGGCAGAUGGCCCUCUCCUACUUCACAGCCACUACCACUGCGGUAGCCACUGCAGUGGGCAUGAACAUGUGGACAAAGAGAGCUCCCCCCUUGGUGGGCCGAUGGGUGCCCUUUGCCGCUGUGGCUGCAGCUAACUGUGUCAAUAUCCCAAUGAUGCGACAGCAGGAACUCAUCCAGGGCAUCUGUGUGAAGGACAGGGACCAAAAUGAGCUUGGCUGUUCUCAGAGAGCUGCGGCUGUGGGCAUCACCCAAGUGGUGGUUUCUCGGAUCACGAUGGCAGCCCCUGGCAUGAUCCUGUUACCAGUCAUCAUGGAGCGGCUGGAGAGACUUCGAGCAAUGAAGCCUCCUCUUCAUGGUGCCAGUGGCAUGUGGGCUCUUCCCUCAGGAAUGCAAAUUAGCAGUUUCCUAUCUAGAACCAGAGCUGCAGGACACCAUCAAGGCCAAGUAUGGAGAACACGUCCUCUUUGCCUACUUCAACAAGGGUCUCUAAGUGUGCCAUGCCUUCAAGGACCAAUCCGUACCCUGUAUGGACCAGCUGUUCGCUGGCAGCUGUCCACAUUCCUCUUUGAAAUAAGGUCUGAAAGCCAGGCUGGACUGGGAGAUAGAGUGGGUGGGUGGGGAGAUAGUUCCUGUUUCCGUAUAAACAACCAGGACAAAAAUUCAAAUGGGGAUCAAGGUGGUUGGGGAUGUAGCUCAGUUGGUAGUGUUUGCCUAGCAUCCACAAAGCCUGGGAUUUAAUCCUUCACACCAUGUGAUUCAGGCAUGGUUGUAUGUGCUUGUGACCUUGUUCUUGGGAGGUGGAGGCAGGAGAACUCGAAGUUCAAAGUCAGCCUUAGGUAUGUGGGGAAUUUGAGGCUAGCCUGAGUUAGAGAGAGUGUCUCAAAAAAGUAGGGGAGGGAACAAGGACAGAGGUAUUCUGUCUGCUUUGUCCUUGACCCCUGUCCUUUGGGAGCAGAGGCUGAGGCCGUCUCAGCAGAGGCUGCUGAUGUCUGGGAGUGAUUAGAAAACCUGUGACUCUUCUCCAGUCAGGACUGUAGAUGUACUGAGUCCUCUAUCCUCCCACUUCCUCCUUCCCAAGCAAGGGGAACGUUACCCGUGCGAGUCUGAAAAGGCUUUUGAUCACUUUACUUUUAUUUUAUGUGUAUGGGUGUUUUCCUUCAUGUGUGUCUCUCUGCACACAGUGUCCACAGAGGUCAGAGGAGGGUGUCAGAUCCUCUGGGACUCGAGUUACCACUGUGAGCCAUCACGUGGGUGCUGGAAAUCAAGCCCGGGUCCUCUGGAAGAGCAGCUGCUGCUCUUACCUGCUGAGCCGUCUCUACAGCCCCUGUUCAGGAACAGAGAGGGGUCAGUCUGUGUCCUCUUGGGGACUCAUCUCUACCCUGCCCCACUGUGCCCUGACUGGGAUGCAUCCUUGGGAAUGCUGCUAGACUUGAGUUUUUCAGGCGGUGAGAGUUAUCUGUACUAAAAAAGGACAAAAACUGGACAGACAGUUCCUUUCCUCAGCCCAUUAGGUCAAAUAGGAAAAGGAAGCUGUGCUUGGACACCCGAGCACAGUUCAACCAGGACCAAAGAGCCUUAAGAGUGUACAGCCAGACUGGCAUUUCACCCGAGUUAUGUGGGGCAUCAAGUUCUAUCCCUUUGAUAAUGACUUUAUUCUGUCGGAAAAUCAUGUCUAGAUCUAUUUCUGGGACCCUUAUUCUGAGAGAAGUCUCUUUCUCAUUGCCUCCCCUGGUUUACAAGUCCCCUCACUGAGUGAAGGCACCUGCCACACAUUUUAAUGGGAGCGAUUUCCUGGUGGCCUCCCUUCCUGAGCCCAGUAGAUUAAUACCAAAGAAAGACUGGUGAGUAUUGGUAAGACAGGAGCUGUACUUGGACAUCUCUGAGAGGAAGUCAACCAGGACCAAGGAGCUCAAAGAGAGCACACAGCAAAGGGCCGCUUUAGUUCCUGUCUGUUCCUGGAGCCCCCUGGGGACUGUAGUUUACCCCUGGGGACUGUAGUUUACCUGGGGUCAGUGUGUAUGUGAGUUUUGUCUGGUAAGAUUUGCCGAUUGUGUUCAAACGCUGCCAUGAACUGAAUAAACGAUUUGAAAGACCAUGAAA